UCACCAAAGGACCUCAGUCUUUUUGGCUACGUGGAGGUCUUUCACCCCAGCGGUAUGUUGGUCACACUGGUGGCCCUGUUGACUCUGUGUGCCACAGGCAGAAGUGCUGAAAAUGUUUCAGAGAGCAGUGCUGAGGAGGAACAGCUUGUUAUAGCCAGAGGUAAACUGCUGGCUCCCAGUGUGGUCGGAUGAUCCAUAAAGAAGAUGCCAGAGCUCUACAAUUUCUUGAUGGAGCGAUGGGCAUUAUAUCAUAAUCUGGAGUAUGAUUCAGGAGAGAAUAAAAAUCCACGCCUGAUUUUCUACAACGAUAAGGACGAGGAGGUCAAGAUUAUUCCUGUGAAUAAUAUGAAGGCAGAUGAGAUUAGCAGUUUGCUGGAUUCUCUUGGUUUCUAUAAGAGAUCACAGAAAGGCGAGGAGGUCCCUGAGGAGUUCAAACAUUUCCCUCUCAGAGCGCCUCGGGACGAACUGUGACACCUGCCGGUCACUGCCGGUAGUGCAGCCAGGCACCAAUGACGUCCAGGAUCUCAAGGCUUGAAACAAAGCCAGACUCUGGACUGACACAUAGAUGGCUGCAGGCAGUCUGGCGUACCACUGUCCUAAUCUCAACAGUUUAUGCAUUUUACAAUAAACUUUUCCAAAAUCA